CCUCUUCUCGCACUCUCUCUUUCUCUCUGUCAAUUUUUGUGACUCCGAGUGUCCCUCCAUGUCUCUCUAGUGUCUCUCCACAGUGUCGUUUUGAAGUCAGACAGAGCUGCAUGUGCGGACUACAGCGGCACCGCCAGUCAUCGCCAAGUGAGCAGAGAAAAGAGAAAGAAAAGAAGGGCGGAGUGGGGUAAAAGAGAGAAAAGAGCGCUACCAAAUAACCAUAUGGGCAGAACACUUAAUACCCAGCUGGAUUGAAGAUAAGAAGAAGAAGCGCAGACUUGAAAUAAUAGAAGGAGAAGACGCGUUCAGCGGCAGCGUGCGGGAACAUUUUUACAUACAUACAAAAAAGGCGGAUCACAUGAGAAUUGUUAUUGUGUAAGGCCCUUAAAGGAGCGAUGACCACAGACCAGUUUUUGCCCAUGGAUGAUAACUCAGCAACAGCUGUGUUUGCUGCAAAUGGGAUUGAUGUAACACCAACAAAAGACCAGGGAGUAAUGAAGGUUGUGAGGCGUCAGGGACUCGAUGGGGACCGGCCAAUGAUUGGGGACAAAGUGACCGUACACUACACUGGAAAACUGCUUACUGGGAAGAAAUUUGAUUGCAGUUGGGAACGGAAGGAGCCUUUUUCCUUUAAUGUAGGCAAAGGACAAGUCCUUAAAGCCUGGGACAUUGGUGUGUUGUCCAUGCUGAGAGGAGAGGUGUGCACGCUGCUCUGUAAACCAGAUUAUGCCUACGGACCACCUGGAAAUCCAGACAAAAUUCCUCCCAACUCCUCAGUACUGUUUGAGAUGGAGUUGCUUAACUUUGAAGGAGAGAUACUUACAGCUGAUGGUGGCAUCGUGAGGAGAAUAAAGGUCAAAGGAGAAGGUUACAGUAAUCCUAACGACGGAGCAAGCGUCGAUGUUCACCUGGAGGGACGCUGCGGGGACCGGUUGUUUGACUGCAGAGACGUUAGCUUCAUUGUUGGUGAAGGUGAAGAUAAAGGCAUUCCUCUGGGGGUGGACCGAGCUAUGGACAAGAUGCAAAGUGGAGAAUGCUGUUUACUUUACCUAAAUCCAAAGUAUGGGUUUGGUAGCGAAGGCAAUCCAGAGUACAAAAUUGGACCAGAUAAAGAUAUUGUGUAUGAAGUUGCUCUCAAGGACUUUAAAAGGGCAAAAGAAUCCUGGGAAAUGGACUUGAAUGAAAAGCUGGCUCUUGUCCCUGACGUGAAAAAUAAAGGGAAUCAGUAUUUUAAGGCAGGACGGCACCACCAGGCUGUCAUCCAGUACCAGCGUAUCAUUUCCUGGCUGGAGUUGGAGUGCGGUACUGGGAUUGAGCAGCAUAAGCAGAUACAAGACUACGUUUUAACAGCUCACCUCAAUUUGGCAAUAUGUUUCCUCCGGCUAAAAGAGUUCUCUCAAGUAGUGGAAAACUGUAAUAAGGUAAUUGAGCAGGAUAAGAGCAAUGAGAAGGCUCUGUAUCGCCGAGGAGAAGCCCGGCUUUUCCGCAACGAGUACAACCUGGCUAUGGCAGACUUUCAGAAGGUCCUGGAAGUCAACCCCUCGAAUCGUGCGGCUCGCACUCAGCUUUCCAGCUGUCAGAUCAAGAUGAAGGAACAUCAAGAGCUGGAAAAGAAGAUAUAUGCCAACAUGUUCCAGAAAUUUGCAGAGAGGGACUCCAAGACUGGGAGACCAAAGAGGAGGAGGGACGAGAGUGCGCGGAGCAGCAUGAACGGUGAAGUGGGCAUUAAGCGAAGGCGGAGGAGUCAGGACUGUUCGUCAUAACAGGGAUGUUUAAAAAAGGGAGAAGAGACAGCCUCCUAUAUCCAAUGAGCAGAGGCAGAAGAAAAGUUGAGUGAAAGCCUGUAAUCCGCACCUCUUCACCCCAAAAAUCCAGCGGGACCAUUCCUGCACAUAAAGCAGAGAGUGAGCAGAACAGCAUUUAUUUGUCACAUGUACUGUUGAACAACCAGAAAGUUCCUCCCUGUGGGGUUAGUACUACAAACAUCACACAGUGAAUAUUGAUAUGAACACUUUUUGUCUUGUCUUUUAUUAGGAAAAAAUAACUUUUAAUUUAUCCAAAAAUACCACAGGAACCCACCCCGUUUUUUAGCCAUUUGGCCACUGUGCUGACAUGUGCCUCCAAAGUGUGUUUCCAAGACCACACUGGCUAGUUUUCCGGCUUCUGACUUAGUAUUAGGCCUUUUUAGGGCAGCUGCAUGCAUGUAUCAUGUUUGGGAUUCAGACUUGAAACACUGCAAAAUUUUAAAAUGUGCAAUGUUAACUUUGGAUAAAAAAGGCAGAACCUGUUAACUCAGUAGUGUUUUUUUUUUUUAGAAAAAACACGACUAAUUUUUGUUUUGCCCAACAACCUGUGUUAAACUUGGGUUCAACAUGGAGAAAUAAUAGGGACGUCUGUUUUUUUUUGACAAUAAACAUUUUCUAAAUCACAGAUCCGAACUAUACAUUUUAAUCUGGCAACAGAAGAAACGUUGCAAAAAAAAAGCACAAACAGAUGCCAAGAUGGUCCUAAAACAGAGAUCUGCAUUUUUAAAAGCGUGGCAAAUUCCUGAUGACAUUCGACUGUAGAUAUUUUUUAAAUGUGUCAACAGCCGAAAAGGUUACUUCCAGAAAAGAAAUAAAUUGUUUUGACAAUGCAUUAAAAUAUAUUUACAUCCAUGAUAAUAUCUUUUUAUGUUUUAUUUUAUUUUAGAUAUUUCACCCAUAGGACAGUAUUACAGAAAGGCCAGUCUGGUACUGUUAAUUUAACUAAAUAUGGAGAAACAUCUGUCUAAAGUUUAAUAAAAGGAAAAUAUUAAAUAUCAAGCCACUAACAGCUGCAAAACUCCUAAUAUGAUGAAAAAUACAAAAGACAGAAUACAAGUGUAUUCUCCAAAAAUUUGGAUAUCAUUCAAAAAGUAUUUUAUUUCAGUAAUUCAGUUCAGAAAUGGAAAGUCAUGGAGAUUCAUAACAUAGAGUUUUUGUUUCUGGUCUGUUACAAUAACGUAAGAUCUUUCCAUGUUGAUGAUUACGGCUGAUGAAAACCAACAUUUCUCUCAGAAUAUUAGCGUAUUGCAUAAGAUCAAUAAAAAUAGUUUUCUAUACAGACAUUUGGGUCUAUCAAUCAGUUAGGUUUUAUUUAUAGAGCACUUUUUAUACAGUCAAAUGUAACCCAUAGUGCUGAAAUGUAUGUCUCUGUACUUUAUAUACACAAAGUCCUUGGUCAAGGCUGCUUUUGAACCCAGCAUGGCUCUGCUGAGGUGUUCAGGAAGCCCAGGUUGCUUUGAUAGCGGUCCCCAGCUUAUGCAUUGUGGCUCUGUUGUGUCACAUCUUCCUCUUGACACAACUCCAUAGAUUCUCCAUGAAAUUCAGGUCACCUUCCAGGCCAGUCAAGCACAGGUCAAACGUGUAUUGUUCACUUGGCAGGUGCCGAGUCUAGCUGGAAAAUGAAUCAGCAUCUCCAUACAGCUUGUCAGCAGAGGCAAACAUGAAGUUCUCUAACAUUUCCUGGUAGACAGCUGGUCUGAAUGUAGACUUUUGAAAACACAGUGGACCAACACCAGCACAGGACAUGGCACCCCAAAUCAUCUUCACUCAGGACUUCCAGCAACUUGGAUUCUGUUCCUUUUCACUCUUCCUCCAGACUCUGGGACCUUAAUUUCCAAAUGAAACACAAAAUUUACUUUUAUUUGAAUAAAUAACUUUGGAUCACUGCGAAACAAUCAGUCUUUUUUCUUCUUACUCCAGGUAAGACACUUCUGACAUCUCUGUUACAGGAGUGUUGACACAAUGAUUGCAACAGUUUUAGUCCAUGCCUUGCAUACUAUCUUGGUGUGGUGACUCUUAAAGCUCUGACUCCAGCCACGUCAUGCACUGUGAAUAUCUCCCAAACUCUUGUAUGGGGUUUCCUUGUGCACCUUUUUUCUGUUACAGUUUUUCCUUCAUCUCCACUUUCCAUUAAUGUGCUUGGAUGUAGCUGUCUGUGAACAGCCAGCUCCGUUAGCUAUAACCUUUCUGACUCACCCUCCUAGUUAAGGGUGCCAGUAACUGUCUGCUGGAUAAAUGUCAAGUUUGUAGCUAUUUCAUCAUUAUGUAGGACAUAAACUAACAUCUGUCCAUUAAAAAGUAUCUUUUUAUUGGUCUUAUGUUACAUUCUUCUUUUUUGUUUUGAUUAUUUUCAUUAGCCACAAUCAUCUGCUUUAAAUAUAUUACUCUGUGUUUAAUGAAUCUAUAUGAUAUAUAUAACUUUCAAUUCUUAAACUGAAUGAAUACAAUAAAUUACCUUUGGAUGUUAUUCUAAAUUCAUGAGAUGGGCCUGUGAUAUAUUGAAUGUGUUGUAGUGAAGCAGUGGUUGAGCACUUAGUUCUCGCCCUGAGGAAGGUCCCAUGUCUGACCUGCAAGACACCCAAAGCCUUUCUGUGAGAUGUUUGUUUCCUGUCAUCAGUUUACUCCCUUCGUCCAAAGACAAGCACGUCAGGUUAAUUUGUAAACCAGAUUUAGUCAUAUGUGUGGCAUGAAUGCUGUGAAUAUACCCCCCCCCACCCCUAACCUCAUGUUCUGUGUCAGAUAGGAUAGUUUGCAGACCAUCUCCUCCAAACCUAAAUUAUUGUUUACACUCUGGAGGUUUUAAAUACAUGUAAAGAGUUAAACUGAACCUCUAUCCUGUGUAAAAUUGGUUAAAUCUGCUAGACGGCUUGAAAUGACAGAACCAAAAGUAACACAAAAUUACUUCACCCCCACCUUUGUAUCGGGCUGCUUCUUAUCUGUGUGCGGGAAAGUUUGAAAUCAUCACAAAUUUCUUUAAUUUAUUUUUCUAGCUAUAUGAUUUUUAUUUUAUUUUUUUUAUUUUUGCCUCUGCUCUAAAACGUUUUUUUCUUACUUUAUACUCAAUCCAUUUCAUAAAAAAAAAAGUGUGUUAAUGUUUGUGUAAAGGGCAGUAUUGCACGUUGGUCACUGUCUAACCAACACUGUCAUCCUGGUAUGUCAUGUCCAAAUUUCUCCGGACAAUAAUACUGAGAUGUUUUAGAAACAUUUGGCUUGUUCAGAGUGAAAACCUUAGCUGUCUUAAAGAUUUUGCAUUAAAAAAAAGAAAAUGGCAGUGACAUUAUGUUUGUGUGUCUGUAUAUAUUAUUGUAUCUUGACAAGGUUUCCAAACAGCUUGUUGCUAAAUGUUUUCAAGUGCUGCUGCCUUUGAAUAUUCAAAUAUUUUGUAUAGUGGAAAUGAGCAUGAAGUCCUUUUUUCUAGCCGUUUAAUUUUUAGACAAGGAUUUACAGAUUGUCUUACCAACUGCAACUAAAAGUAAAAUAUUUUCAGGCUUCUUAUUUGUCACCUUUUUGGUAAACUUACAUACAAUCAGAAACUGUAGAUGCAAAAAGAACAAGAAAACAACAGGCAGAGAAAACGCAGCUGAGUAAACUGCAGUGAGUCCGAUGUAUGAUUGGAUUUAUCAAAACAACGUUUUUUGUCACAAAAUGUGUUUACAUGUACUCAAACGAUCAUUGUCUUGUAAAGAAGUGAUCCAUGUUUUGAAUCGGCAUUUAUGCAAAAGAAAUAUUUUCCGACAAAA